AUGAGUAGAGCUAUUACUAGGGCUCAGCUGGACAAGGUGGUGCGUAGCAUCACCAAGUUCUAUCCUCAAAAGUACGCAGAUAAGAGCUGGGACAAUACAGGUCUUCUCAUUGAUUGUUCCACUGCCCAAGCCACCAGUGCCGACGCAAACACUAAGGCAAAGAUCCUUUUAACUGUGGACCUUACGAAAUCUGUAGCUCAAGAAGCUGUAGAUGCUAACUGCAACGUAAUUAUUGCCUACCAUCCUUUUAUUUUCCCUAAUUGGAACAGAUUGAACCCCCAUACAAACCCACAGCACGAGACAGCUAUAAAGUUAAUUCAACAUGGUAUAUCUGUAUAUUGUCCUCACACUGCUGUGGACGCAGCUCGUGACGGCGUAAACGAUUGGUUGGUUAAGGGCUUAAACAACGGGGGGAACGUCACAAAGUGCUACGCCUUGGAAACUGUAAGUGGUGAAACCGAUGACCUAAUCGGCUAUGGUAGAUUCGUAGAGUUCAAUAAGGAUAUUUCGUUGGCCCAAAUUGUGAAAAAUGUCAAGAAUGCUCUAAGAAUUCCCCAUAUACAAGUAGCCUCGGCUACCCCUCCCUCCAUGUGGAGUCAACUGAACAUCAAAAAAGCUGCCAUAUGUGCUGGGAGCGGUUCCGGUGUAUUUAAGCAACUAAAAGAGGAUGUGGAUCUUUACUAUACAGGAGAGAUGUCGCAUCACGAAGUGUUGAAGUGGAAAGAAAUGGGUAAGACCGUUAUUGUCUGUAACCACUCGAACACUGAACGUGGUUUCCUUCAAGAUGUUAUGCAUGGAUUGCUACAAGAGGAGGGCCACGAAGUAGUUGUCAGCAAGAUGGACCGUGAUCCUUUAACUGUAGUAUAG